GGAUGUCCAGCAACAAAACUGUUAUUCCCAAUUCGAAGCGGUUCUAAUUAAAUGCUUCGUCUGGCUCGCUUAACGGCAGCGUUCAGCCAUGCACAAUGAUUUGUUGGAGCCGUGCAGCAUCACCUCAUCUGAACAGCAGCCUUCAGUCCCAACAGAAAUACAGCCCGUUCGCCUUUCUCAACAGCCUCGUCCAUUUUAUGCUUACGAAAAUCCAUCCAUCCGUAGGUAUCUAUCAGAGAAACAUCUCCGUUCUUCUAUUACGAUUCUUCUGAUUUCAUACGGGUUCCAUUCAUUAAUUCUCACGUCCUCGAACCAGAACCCAUGGAUCCUCUUAGUAUUACUGCAAGCACUCUAGGCAUUACGACGUUUGCUAUCUCCAGCAUCGUCCAACUUCAUAACUUCAUUGACAAUCUUGCUGAGGCUAAAGAUGUAGUACAAGAUAUUGCUUCAAACUUAGAGGGUGUGCAGCGCCCGUUGGCCGCCCUGGAGGAUCUCAUCAUUUCAGACGCAGCAAUGUAUACCGCAGCCAAAGUGGAUCUGGAGAAGACCGGUGUCGUCGAAGCCGUGAACAACUGCGGCCAGGCAUGCGCCAAAUUUACGGACAAUUUAAAGCGAUGGACGAAACAUUCCGGCGGCACACAACUCUCCCUUAGAGAUCGCCUUUCAGUCGGCGUGUGGAAUAGAGAAAAAUUCCGGACGUUCAGAAUGCAGGUCCAGUCUUGCCAGACUACGGUCCAUUUUGCCGUCACAAGUACCCAAUUAAUCGUUCAACUCCGCUCCGAACAAACGUCGGAGACUGAUCGCAAGAAACUGAAGGCACAGUUGCAGGCUCUCGAGGCCAAGAUCCAAGAGCAUAUAGAUCUUACCAAGAAGCAGCAAGGUGACGCACAAAAGCGUGUGCAAGGGCUACAGGAAGGGCUAGACGACGAAGAAGAUGGUGGUGCACAGCGAACCCUAGCCAUUCAGGAAGUUGAAGAACAGUCACGCCUCUUCGAGGCUGAUCAGGUGGCUUCUGCUGCUCUUUUCUCACAAGUGCGCUCCAAACGGACAGGCCAUGAUAUUUCCAACAUCAUAACGUCCGACGAUUCGAGAGCUUUGGUAGGAUUACCUGAGAGUGUUGUCGGAAAGGUCAACCUGCGGAUCAGGGAUGUAACAACACAAAGAAACUCUUCUGCAGCUGUGGGAGUGUUCGAUAAAGACGUUGACAUGAAUGAUUUUUUCAAGCAAUAGUUACUAUCACGGCUUGUAAGUGAAGGUUAGUCGCCUCUUACUUAGGAAUGUUUACAAGCCUUGAUAUUUGUGUUGAUCGUCGCGGAACUCCUAGGGUAAGUUAAUUAUCCCGUAUAGUUACUCUAGUGACCAACAUCAUAGAGUACACUAAGUAGACAAAUGUCUGCACACACCCCCGAAAAUCACCAAAUCUAAUCGCUAUACACCGUAUCUUUAGAUACGCUGCAAAACACAUACAAAUGCAAAUUCAGUCU